AUGGGUUCCUACAAUGAAGACAAGAUCCCCAUGCUGUUACCCAGUGAUUGGGGACAGGGCAACAACUGCACAUUGUUUAUGUUCAACAAUGUGGCAAGUGGCAAAGCCGAUGACCCUCAGUAUCGCAACCCCCACCAAUCGGGAAAUGUGCGACUGGUGAUUGAUUUCAGGGCCGCUGUUAAUCACAACAUCACUGUGUUGGUGUGGAGCGAGUAUGAAAACAUGUACGAGAUUAAUCAUCUGGGAGGUAUAAAGUACAACAUCAACGGUUGAACCAUCCUCAGAAGAAAGCAGCCAUGGAGUUUGUGGCGCUCAGCGAUACCGUGUUGCGGUCGUUGGCCUUAGAUGAUCCUGAAUUACGACGCGUGUUUCAAGGUGUGUACCCAGCCGAUAAACUACCCUCAUCACCUCCCCAAACCGUCCGCGCGGCCUACAUUGUCAACACGGAUCCAGCGGGGGAACCGGGACAACAUUGGUUGGGCAUGUGGACAGAACAAAACAAGUGCGAAAUCUUUGACAGUUAUGGUCUACCCUUGCACGUGUACAAAAAUGCAGAGUUGCACAAGUGGUGGAGUCAAUGGAAGUACCUAACCCGCAGUGACAUUACCCUGCAAGCCAUGGAUAGUCAGACCUGUGGUCAUUAUGCAUUAUUUUUCCUUAAAGCCAGAGCCCAAGGACAGACCUACAAGGACUUUUUGGGCAGUUGGAGUACCGAUAAUUUAGUGUUGAAUGAUCAUAAAGUAGCCCAAGACUUGAAACGAGUGAUUAAACGUGAAUUACAAGAUGAAGUGGAUGCCCGACCAGAUGGGCAAAGUAAUUUGAGCCGCCAGGCCUUUCUGCUUUGUAAUAAAUUGUAAUAAAAAAACAUGAUUUUACUUGUCAAAAUGUGUGUAGUGUCUUAUCAUCUUUAUAAAAAAAAGACAAGUCCAGCAACAAAAGGUGUCAUUUUUUCAUAAUGAUUACACGCGGCGAUGUGCAGCGCGUUAUCGAUGCAUUCAUUUUGAAAGAAUCUCUUUAUUGGUGGUUGCAUCCCAUCGAACGCGUUCAAACCGUCCGAGGCAAUGAUGCUUGGGAUGGGUAUCAUUGGACCUUAGCCCGACAAUUGGCUCAAGAUAGAGAAUGGAUGUCCCUUAAAGCGUACAUGGACACCACGGGUGAAUCGUAUUUAAGGGAAUGUAUGCAACACCUCAUUCAGUCAGCGUCUCCUCGAUUAUACCGCGAGUAUUGGACGGUAUGUCGAGAAGAAGAAGAAAAAGAAAACCCUUGAGAACCUCUCAACGAUGGCGAUUUCCUCAAAACGGGCGCGGGAUUAUUGGCGUAUUGACCAAAGCGGCCAAAAUCGGUUAUAAAUUGGGACGUGAUAAACGGUAUAAACGAAUGGGAGCCAAAGGUGCUACGGGUCAUUACAGACGUCUACCUCGUCCGUGGGAAGGAUGAUACGACAACCAAGUAGCGUGAUUAUUGCUGGACCCUCGGGCAGUGGCAAGAGCGACUUGGUGGAACAAUGGUUGCGGUACCUGAACGUGUUUCAAGUGAAACCCAAAACCAUGGUGUAUGCGUAUGACCGAUGGCAACCCAGAUUCGAGCGUAUGCAAAAAGAGGACGGCAUUCGAUUUCAUCGCGGGUUACCGGACCCUAGUCAUUUGACAAAAUGGUUUGGCCCCACGCGAGGGGGUGUGUUGGUCUUGGAUGAUCUAAUGGAAGAAGGGGGACAAGACAAACGCGUGUUGGACUUGUUUACCAAAGAUUCCCAUCAUCGCAACAUUACAGUGCUGUAUUUGACGCAAGAUUUAUUUCCACCUGGUAAAUUCUCCAAGACAAUUAAUCGCAAUGUGCAUUACAUUGUGACCUUCAAAAACCCACGAGAUCAAACGGGCAUACGAACCAUUUUACUUCAAGCCUUUCCUGACCGUUGGCGUCAAGUAUUGCGACUAUUUAAUCGUGUUACAUCACGCCCUUUUGGUUAUUUGAUGUUGGAUGUUCAUCCUGCCUCGGAUGAUCGUUACCGUUUGUGGAGUCAUUUAACACCCCGAGAAGGUAAAGCGCAAGUCCAUACGUUGCCCUCGGAUGUCCCUUUCGUUCGAAAACGCACUGCAACGAGAACGCGAACGUCAACGUCGGCAAAGAGAAGGAGGACAACACACUGAAUUAUCAACCCGUCUGAAUACCUGCACUCUGUCUCCGAUAGAUGUGGAUUUACCGUCAGCAGUACCACCACCUUGCAAAAGCGUAAAAAAGAAAAUAGUCCUUUCACCUAAUGUGAGGUUCGACGAACAGUUAGCAACGCGCCGAGCCUUGAGACUAUAAAAACGAGACACGUCGUGAAAAAGGUUCAUCAGAUGUUGUACAACCCAUCAUGCCACCCAAACGCAGACGACAACGACGAAAGCAACGAGGGGGUAUUCUCCCGUUCCUCAUUCCCGCUGCCAUCGCUCUCGGCAAAGCGGCAGCGCUAGGAGCUGUUAGUGGCGGUGCGAGCUACGGUGCCAAAAAAGCUAUCGACGCUGCUACGCGCAAGAAAAAAGUGGGCAAGAUCAGUGCAGCGCAAUGGGCAGCCAAUAAACGAGACGUUCAGCGGAUGUUAACUCGAACGGGUUUGCCAGGGUUAGCGACAUUACGAAUGCUAAAGUAAAAAACUAUAAAAGAGGCAUUGUUAGCUUCCCCAGAAAACGAUGCUGGCAACAUGGAUUGCAACGUGGAAGAGUGCUACUCAUGUUGGCGAUGGCUCUCUCGCCUUGCAAGGUCAAGAAACGCACAUGGCUGUGUAAAGGUUAGAAGCGAUGCAGUGCUCAGAAGAAGAAAAAAGGUUCUAACGAUUAUUUUUUACAGUGCGACAAAAAUUUUGAAGACAGGUUGUGUCAACAGUGUCGCGACCACAUGCAACAAUAUUAUCAUGGGGAACUGUGUGGAGCACUUUUUACCAUAAAUAGACCUUCGGUAGAUGCCCCAAAGCAACAAUCACACGAUGGAUUGGCGCAUGGAACGUCAAGCUCCGUUUCUGAAGAGUGUGUUGCGAGAAGCGGACAAUCAUAAACGACAAGAAUUGUUACGGAUGGCCAAUGCGGAUCAGAUUAAUGCCAUCAGUGAGUUGGUCAUGAACACGAUCCGCGGAACCGUGCCCCGUUCUCGACACACCAUCACUUUGCUGAAACCUCAUGCUCAGAGUUUAAGAGCCAUGGCCAAACCGACUCAUUCGGUCAAACGUCGACGCGCUAUCAUGAUGUCUCAAAAAGGCGGGACUCUCUGGUCCGAACUCUACCGAUGCUAUAAACGUACCAUGCGUUAGACAUUGUACCUCAUUUACACCAUGGAGCAAGAGAUGGUGAGCACCUCUGUGGACAAUGCUCCGGCUUUUUUACAAUUACGAGACAAGUACAAACAAGAGUUGGUGGAAGAUACUCGCUUGACCAAAGCGGCAGAUUUAGCGGCCAAACAACAUGUGCUCUUGGCCAGUGAU